AUGGCUGACUCCUGGGUAUCAUCAUCCCUGGCCACCCUGGCCGAACUGGCCCCACUGGCCCCAGAAAAAGCCAUGACAGCCAUGUCAAAAGUGACAACCAUGACAGCUUCAGAGCUAGCCCCCUACGCCGCCGGGCUCUUGCUCGCAUGGCCAGUACUGGCCAUGUCCCUGCGCUAUCGUCGGAUGCGCAAACUCCAAAAGAAAUACAAGUACCCCACACGGGAGUCGCUGUCGAAGAUGACAGACCAAGAAGCCUACGAGAUCCAAAAGGAGGUCGCCCAACUCGAAUUCCCAUUCAUGUUUGUCAAGGCCUUGCAGUUCGCUCUAUUCCGAACCUACGGAAUCCCCACAAUCUCAGGCCUCCUCACAAAAACCAGCCAAUUCUCCAACCCCGGGACCUCCCUAAAACGCUACACCGACACAUCCGUGCUAGUCCAAGAAAUGGUCGGCAACAACCCAGCCUCCGCACGCUCAUUAGUCGGUCUCGCACGCACCCGCUACCUGCACAGCGGCUACCGCUCCUCGGGCAAGAUCCUCGAAGACGACAUGCUCUUCACGCUGGCGCUGUUCGCCCUCGAACCGAUCAAGUUCAUCGAGAAAUACGAGUGGCGCUCGCUGACUGACCUGGAGCGCUGUGCCAUCGGGACAUUCUGGAAGUCUGUCGGGGACGGGCUGGAGAUUAGCUAUGAGAAGCUACCAUCUGGGAAAACGGGGUUCAAGGAUGGAAUUCAGUGGCUGGAGGAGAUUAAUACUUGGAGUCAGAAGUAUGAGGAGGAGACUAUGGUUCCGUUUAAAAAGAAUCGGGAGACGGCCGAUCAGACUACUGCCGUGCUUCUGUACAUGUUGCCGAAGUUUUUGCAUCCGGCUGGGUUGCAGUUUGUUUCGUAUAUGAUGGAUGAGAGGUUGCGGAAGGCUAUGUACUACGACCCUCCCAAUGCCUUCUCCUCGGCGUUCUUCUCGACAGUCCUCGCGACUCGCAGGUUCUUCUUGCGCCAUCUGGCUCUGCCUCGACCGUACUUCAUGCGCUAUGCGUCGGUUACGGAAGGCGAGGACGCGAACCAGCGCCAUUUCGUUACCACGUGGGAUGCUGCGCCGUACUAUGUCAAGCCUACAUUCUGGAACCGAUGGGGUCCCACGGCUUGGGUGACUUGGGCGCUUGGACGGCCUGUGCCUGGUGAUGGAGGGGAUAAGUAUUAUCCUAAUGGGUAUAAGAUUUCGGAUGUUGGACCCAAGUACUUUGAGGGUAAGGGGCAGAAGCAGUUGGCUGAGACUUUGGAGGAGUUGAAGGAGUAUCGGACGGGCAAGUGUCCUUUCCAUUGA